GACCUCGUGGGCUCUCGAUUCGCGCUUGAAGAGCUCAGCUUACGACGCGUGACUACAGUGCCCCAACGGCGCGGCAAGGCAACAAUGAUAAGAAAGUUAUCUUGACAUGUUUGCUGUUUCACGAGAGCACAACUUGCUGGUUCAUUAUGCCCUUGGAGGGAUUUUCGUGCUUACUUGACUCCACUAUACAUUCUCAGUGCUGGCACCAUGUUCCUUCCAAUCCUCAUCAACUGGCUCUCAGCCACCACCUUCUCUAGUCCUUCCAACAACGAACUUCAGUCCCCUCUCCUAGAACCCACCACUAGAUUCCCAUGGAUCCAACGCUUCGCCUCAGUCGGCGACUCCUACGCCGCAGGACUAGGUUCCGGCACACGCCUCGACUGGUCGUGCUCCCGCUACACUUCCUCCUACCCCAACAUCCUACAAACCACACUCCUCGGCCCCAACCCGAACCGCACCCAUCAAUUUCUCGCCUGUUCCGGCUCUACAAGCACCGAGAUCCUCUCCCAGCAGAUACCCGCUCUCCAAGACAAUCUCGACCUCCUCACCAUCUCCGCAGGCGGAAACGACAUCGGUCUGACACCCAUACUAAGUAACUGCAUCUACCAAUUCUACCUGUCAGGCGAAGAUGCCUGUCAAACAGCUAUCACCGAAGCCCGAGCGCGGAUAGCGAACGAGACAGAACUCUAUCACAACGUCACUCUCCUCCUCGACGCCGCAAAACCAAAGAUGAAUCAACAACACGGUGUGAUGUACUACACAGGCUACGCAUCCUUCUUUGGCGCCUCAGACUCCACAUGCGACAACGUCACCUGGGCCGUCUGGAAAGACGUAGAAUGGACGAAACAAUAUCUCACACGCGAAUUACGCCAGGAGCUAAACGACAUGGUGCACGCUGUCAAUGCCAUCUUGUUCAAAGCCGUUAGAGACGCUGGGCCAAACGUCCGGUUCAUAGAUUACGACGCGGAGGUGACCAAAGCACGGGGUCGGUACUGCGAAACCCACGUCCUAGAACCAGCUCCCAAUCGCAACGGCCUCGUCUUCUACGAAUGGAACACAGUUGACACCGGCGAGAACAAAACGGCGCUGCAGAACUACACGGGGGGUGAUGUACCGAAGCAUUCGUUUGAGGGGGGUAUUGCGAGAGAUGUUAAUAAGACGUUGGAGGAACAUCCGGAUUGGUCGUUUGAUCCGAAGAAGGGGUUUGUGGAUAAGAGAAAGGGGGGGGAUAAGGGGAUGGAGGGAGAAGGUUGGUUAGGCGAUUCGAUUCAUUGGUUGUUGCCGGAUAGUUAUAAGAGGGUUUUUCAUUUGAGGCCUAGGGGACAUGGGAUAAUAGCGAAGCUGCUAGUUGAAGAUUUGGAGAAAGAGGGGAUGAGGAGGGGUGGUGAAAUGGGGGGUUGGGUGGAGGAACUUUAGGUUCAUUCUACUUCUUGAAUGACAGUACUGGCAUGUGCUUCUUCCCCCUUAACUUCUUCUCUCCUAACUUCGCCAUCGCCACUCCCUUCACUAUCCAACGAACCAUCCCAAUCCCAAUCCACAACACCCCCUUCCUCCCUAACC